AUGCCCCAGCAAACCAACAUGUCCCCCAAAGUCGCAUCUGCUCGUAUCCAUGGGAAGAAGCACCUGACCCUCGCGCAACGUCAUCGCAUCUACGAGCUGCUCCUGGAUAUGCGUUCAAGGCCAGCUACCCCGUGGCGCCAUGCUAUAUCCGUGGCCGUGCAUCCUCACGCAAUGGCAGGGGUGUUGCCGAUAUCGCGCCGAAAAUUGCAGGAAACUCUGGUCGCAAAAGAACGCGUUCUGCGGACAAGAUUGAAGCCGCAAUCCGCCAAGUCCCCCAAGAAUCGCGGCAAACGAUGCGGGCACUGGCGUUCAAGUCUGGUAUCCCUCGUCGUAAAACGAAAAUACUUUGUGUACGAGGACGAGGAACUGGCAGCCCGGUUCUGCAAAUCUAAACACUUCAUUACUAAAGUGAUGUUUUUGGCGGCCGUGGUCCGCCCGCGUUAUGACUUUCACCGGAAGCAAAUGUUCGACGGGAAAAUUGGAGUUUGGCCUUUUGGCCUUUUGUGGAAUCUGUUCCAGCCAAACGGAACAGCAAAAACCGUCCGAAAGGAACGAUUGUUGUUUCCCCACAAUCCGUCGACGCAAAACAAUGAAUACAAACUGCCCCACAUGAAGAAGGAUGCCUCGAUUGCAAAUCACUCGUCCUUCCAUGUCGAGUGUGAUGCAACAAGCUACGAGAGCGCGCUGAUGCACUUGAACAAUCGCCUGGCUGAAGAAGUGAACUUUGAAGCGAUGGUGAAUUCCCAGGAACAAGUAAUUUAA